AUGAUCUUAUUUCUUUAUUUUCUACCCUUUACUUCCUCAAGUCACGAAGAGUUUCGCUUAUUAGCCGAUUUGCGUAAAAACUAUGACCCUUUCGAGCGCCCAGUGCAAAACUCCAGUGAACCGCUUGUGGUUUCCGUGAAAAUCUAUCUACAACAGAUUCUUGAUGUGGAUGAGAAGAAUCAAGUGAUCACAAUUGUUGCCUGGAUAAAAUACACUUGGACAGACUAUAAAUUAAAGUGGGAUCCAGGCGAAUAUGGAGGUAUUAAAGACAUUCGUUUUCCUGGUACAGCUAAUGCAAUUUGGAAACCUGAUGUAUUGCUGUAUAACAGUGCUGAUGAGAACUUUGAUUCAACUUAUCCAGUCAACUAUGUUGUCAGUCAUGAUGGAUCAAUCAUGCAAGUCCCGCCUGGAAUCCUCAAACUAUCAUGCAAGAUUGAUAUCACCUGGUUUCCCUUUGAUACCCAAAAGUGUCACUUAAAAUAUGGCUCUUGGACCUAUUCUGGCAACUUUAUCGAUCUACGAAUUGAAGCACCGGAUGGGAAGAAAAUCGAAGAUGAAGGAAUGGAUAUGAGUUACUAUGUAGAGAAUGGAGAAUGGACUUUGCUUGGUGUUCCUGCCCGAAACGAGAGCUAUGUCUUCGAUAAUGAACCAUAUCCAUCAAUCUAUUUCUAUAUUUUGAUUCAAAGACGAACUCUCUAUUAUGGAUUGAAUCUAAUUGUGCCGAGUCUCUUGAUCAGCUUGAUGACCGUUUUGGGCUUCACUUUACCACCCGAUGCUGGAGAGAAGAUCACUCUAGAAAUCACCAUUCUCCUCUCGAUUUGUUUUUUCUUGAGUAUGGUGGCUGAGAUGACUCCGCCAACAUCUGAAGCAGUACCUUUAAUAGGAGCCUAUUUCUCUAGCUGUAUGCUGGUGGUCUCUGCAUCGGUUGUGUUCACCGUGUUAGUCUUAAAUCUUCACCAUCGACGACCAGAAACCCAUGAAAUGAGCCCAUUUAUGAGAACUUGUUUCCUUAUAUGGCUUCCGUGGUUGUUAAUGAUGAGACGUCCAGGAAAUAUCUCUUUCAAUCGUCAUCAAAUUUGUGUGCAACGAGCUGAAAUAAAAGCAAGAAAGCUUGAUAGCCAAAAUCAAAGCCGAAAAGUCUCUGUUUUCGACAACAAAAUGACAACUUCUUUUCUUCGAAAUAUUCGAACUUUAAAGCAUGAAGACUCUUGUACAUGUUCACAAAGGAUUUCUCGACAUGGCGUUUUGGCAACGCUGAAAGCGAGAAGUUUAGAGUAUAAUGAUUUACAAGAAACCUCGAUCUUUAGCACAUUGAAUAAAGGAGUUCAAAAAGCUUGCACAGAGUUGAAAACGAUUUCAAAUCAAAUUCGAGUGAUGAGGAAAAGAGUGGAAGAUGAUGAAAGAGAAGAGCACGCGGCAAAUGAUUGGAAAUUCGCGGCGAUGGUUGUCGACAGAUUAUGCCUUUUCACAUUCACCAUUUUCAUCGUUGUCUCAACUUGUGGAAUCAUGUUUUCCUCACCGCAUUUGAUUGCU